AUGAAGAGUUAUGGUUAUGGAAUUUCUCAUCGUUCUUCGCCGUCGAACCACAGAAUCCUCCCUUUGCUCUUCUUGCUGAUCCUCGUGGACGCAGCGCCAAAGCAGGCCCCAGAAAACCGUCCUGAGACGACACGGAUCGAGACGAGAUGGACGCCGCUGAAGGGAGGGCCGGCGAGGAAUCUCCCCUCCCCGUUCCCGCAGGACCCCAGUUUCUUUUCCUUCAAGAACCCGAGCCCGAAACGCGGGUCGAAUGUGGAGAAACCCAUCACCGAGUCCCCGCAAGAGAGGACUCUCUGCACCACUCUGGAAUGCUUACAAGCCGCCGUGGAACUAUUAGAAUCGAUGAAUCUGACCGCGGACCCCUGCGAGGACUUCUACGCUUACACCUGCGGGAACUGGAUCGAGGAGCAUCCCAUCCCGCCGACCUCCAACCAAAUGACCGUCUUCCACUCGCUCUGGGGAAACAUGAACGAGAGGAUCCUCGGCAUCCUGAGCGCGGAUCUCUCGGCGGAAGACACCGAGGCUGUGCAGGAGGCGAAGAUCGCGUACGCCGCUUGUGCCGACACCGCAACUUUGGAGUCGCAGGGACUGACCCCCCUCACCUCGUUCAUGGCGCGCUACGGCGGCUGGCCGAUGACCAUGGACGAUUGGAAGGAGGAGGACUUCGACUGGCAGGAGACGACGGCCGCCUGGGUCAGGGAAGCCUCGCUUAGCACGUUCAUCACGGUCUCCGUGUUGCCUGAUAUGAUGGACACCAACAAGAACGUUCUUUAUUUGCAGAAGUCGAGCCUGUCCCUCUCCGCCCGGGACCUGUACCUCGACCGCUCGCCCUCGCCGAUCGUGGACGCCUACCUCGACCUGAUGAACGGGACGGCGAGGCUGGUCAGGGACUCGCUCGGCUCCGACGUCGCGGAUGCCACCAUUGGCUGGGAGAUUUUGGAGGUCUUCCUCUUCGAGUUCGACCUCGCGCGGAUGAUGCUGAUGGACAUGGUGAAUGGCACGGAGCCGUACCACAAACUGACCCUGGCGGAACUUCAGCAGGUCACUGACGCCGUCGCUCCGGGUUAUAUGACCUGGACGACGUUCCUGACCUCGUUGUUCAGGGGCACGAGAGUGACCUGGGACGGCAGCGACGAGGUCGUCUGCCCCUCGCCGGACUUCAUGGCCCGCCUGGUCGGCCUCCUCGCGGCGACCCGACCGAGGACGAUCGCGAACUAUCUGCACUGGCGGCUGGUGUAUUCGCUGGGGGACGAGACGAACCAGGCCAUGCGGGAUCUCUUCUUCCGGUUCUCGAUGAUCACGACCGGAAUCGGCAAGCCCCCAGAGAGGGAGUACGAGUGUGCGGGACUGGUGAACAAUCACAUGGGAAUGGCCAUCGGGAGCGUCUACGUCUCCGACGUCUUCCCGCCCACCGCCAAGCAAGAGGUGGAGCUGCUGGUGGAGGACUUGAGGGCGGCGUUCGACGGGAUCCUGGACCAGAUCGACUGGAUGGACGCGGCGACGCGGGAGAAUGCGAGGAAAAAGAACGAUGCCAUUCGGGCCUUCGUCGGAUACCCCGAUUUCAUCCUCGAUCCUCAGGCCCUCGCCGAUUAUUAUUUUGGGAUCUCGAUGAACAGGAGCGGCCACCUUUCGAACGUCCUGAGCAUGCUCGCCUGGGAGUGGAGCCACCAGGCUGCCGGCGUGAACAAGCCAGUGGACCGGGACGCCUGGAUCACUCACCCGACCGUCGUGAAUGCCUUUUACUAUUCCCCCUUGAACUCCAUCACCAUCCCGGCGGGGAUCCUGCAGAGUCCGUUCUAUCAGAAAGGGAGGCUCGCGGCCAUGAACUACGGCGGGAUCGGGAUGGUCAUCGGGCACGAGAUCACGCACGGAUUCGAUAAUUCGGGGCGCCUAUUCGACGACCGUGGGAACCUCGUCAACUGGUGGACGGAAGCGACGACGGAUGCUUUCUUGGAGAGGGCCAUGUGCUUUGUCGAACAAUAUGACAGCUACAAGGUCCCCGAACUCUCGGAAUUCCUGGAAGACCCACACGUGAACGGACAGUUGACUCUGGGAGAGAACAUCGCCGACAACGGAGGAAUGGGAGAGGCCUGGUUCGCUUACCUCAAAUACAUCGGCCGGAACGGAGCGGAACCCUCCCUCCCUGGUCUCGACCUCACACCUCAGCAGCUCGUCUUCGUCACCGUCGCCUAUAACUGGUGCGGUCACAGCAAGAAGGAGUUUCUGCUGAACCAGAUUCAGAACGAUCCGCACAGUCCUGCCAAGUUCAGAGUCUACGGGACCCUGAGCAACAACGCCGCCUUCGCUGAAGCCUUCGGGUGCAAGGCCGACGAGCCUAUGUUCAACGGAGACGAUAGCUGCGUCAUGUGGCGUCAAACGAAUGGCCUGAAAGACCUGGUGGAACGGGACGCCUGGAUCAUCCACCCGACCAUCGUGAACGCCUUCUACUACCCCCUCGUGAACUCCAUCACCAUCCCGGCGGGGAUCCUGCAAGGGAGACUCGCAGCCAUGGACCACGGCGGGAUCAUCGGGCACGAGAUCACGCACGGAUGA